UAAGACUUCGCAGUAUAUCAUCGUCUUCAUCUCCGACUUACUCUUCGUUCUCCUCGCUCUUCUCCUUUGGCAUUCCUUUAUUUACUCCAUCUGAAGUGCCGAAUUUCAGCAUGCUCUUCAUGGUGAUCGAACGCUUCCACUCUGGAAACCCAAAGCCCGUCUACGCUCGUUUCAGAUCACAAGGUCGACUCGCCCCGGAAGGGCUGAAAUACGUAUCAAGCUGGGUUAGCGACGACCUGACGCGCUGUUAUCAGUUGAUGGAGACGGAGACGAGAGAGUUAUUGGAUAAGUGGAUCAGCAAUUGGAAUGAUAUCGUGGACUUUGAGGUCGUUCCGGUGAUUACUUCGGCGGAAGCUAGUGCGAAGGUCUCAGAGUAGGGAAAUUAGCAAGGUGAAGGUGAACCAAGUUUGAGAGCAAGUGCGGAGGCAACACGUUUCGAUAUGGCAUGAGA